AGGAAAUAAUAAUAAUAAAAUGCAACAUUUUGGAGCUUAAGGAUCUCAAAGCUUUUUUCUUUCUCAAUUGACAGUAGAGAGAGAAGAGAGAGGGAGAGAGAGAGAAAUUCCAGAUUUGGAUUUGAGGCUGACUUUCUGAAUCGCGGAAGCAGAUCUUCACUCUUCUUAUUGGCUCUUUCAACUUACUCGUAGACAGCCCAACAGAGCCCACAACCACCACGACACUCAACCGCAAACAAUCCUACAAUUAUGAUGAUGAUUCAUCACUUCAUUUCAUUCCCAACAUUUCCCUUUUUUUCUGCUCCUUUUCAACUUUGAUUUCACCCCAAUUUCCCUCUUUUGCUUUCCCUUCGAUCGUUUUCUUUGAUGGGUUUUUCACGCUUCCUUGUUCUGGUGAGAAAAUCUAUGAGUGAACUGCUUCUGUUGGUUGCUAUGGUGGGAGAUGACGUUUAGAAUUGAGAAAUGGGGUGUUUGGUUAGCCGAGAGGCGUCUUCUAGAAGUGUAGAAGCCCCUGUAGAUAAGGGGAAGAGGAAUCAAAUUACUGAGUCUCGUGUCCAAGGCGAGAUUGUUCAGGAGAAAGAAGUAGAACGUGUGAGUGUUAAUGUAGAGGAGCAUGUAAACGUGAACAAGGAAGAGGAACAGAAGGCUGAUGUGGUUCAGGAUCGCCCACGAGCUGAACGGAGAAAGUCGAGGAAGGUUCCGAGGCCAACUAACUUGCCAAACCAUUCCCAGGGAGAGCAAGUUGCUGCUGGAUGGCCUUCUUGGCUCACAGCUGUUUGCGGAGAGGCUCUCAAUGGUUGGAUUCCUCGGAAGGCUGAUACAUUUGAAAAGAUUGAUAAGAUUGGACAAGGAACGUAUAGCAAUGUGUAUAAAGCUAAAGAUAUACUUACAGGUAAAAUUGUUGCACUGAAGAAGGUUCGAUUUGACAAUCUGGAACCUGAAAGUGUGAAAUUUAUGGCUAGAGAGAUUCUCAUCCUUAGGAGAUUAAAUCAUAACAAUGUUGUGAAAUUAGAAGGGUUGGUUACAUCACGGAUGUCAUGUAGUUUAUACUUGGUGUUUGAGUACAUGGAACAUGAUUUAGCAGGUCUUGCUGCGAAUCCAUCAAUCAAAUUUACUGAAUCUCAGGUUAAAUGUUUUAUGCAACAACUGUUAUCUGGAUUGGAACACUGUCAUAAUCGCCGGGUGCUUCACCGUGACAUUAAAGGAUCUAAUCUUCUCAUUGAUAGUGGAGGAGUGCUUAAGAUUGCUGACUUUGGAUUGGCUUCUUUCUUUGAUCCAAAUCACAAGCACCCUAUGACUAGUCGGGUGGUUACCUUAUGGUAUCGACCUCCUGAACUUCUUCUUGGAGCAACUGAUUAUGGAGUAGGUGUAGACCUCUGGAGUGCUGGGUGUAUACUGGCAGAGUUAUUAGCUGGGAGGCCUAUUAUGCCAGGUCGUACAGAGGUAGAGCAACUACACAAGAUAUACAAGCUUUGUGGCUCCCCUUCAGAUGAAUAUUGGAAAAGAGCAAAACUUCCAAAUGCAACCUUAUUUAAGCCCAGAGACCCUUAUAAGAGAUGUAUAAAAGAGACAUUUAAAGAUUUUCCCCCAUCUUCUCUGCCCCUUAUAGAAACGCUUCUUGCAAUUGAUCCAGCAGAACGAAAGACAGCAACAGAUGCAUUAAAUAGCGAGUUCUUCAUGACAGAACCUUUAGCCUGCAAACCCUCCAACCUUCCAAAAUAUCCUCCCAGUAAGGAGAUGGAUGCUAGAAGACGGGAUGACGAAGCUCGAAGAUUAAGAGCAGCUAGUAAAGCUCAAGGAGAUGGAGCAAAGAAAACACGCACACGUGUUAGGGCUAUUCCAGCUCCCGAAGCCAAUGCCGAAAUACAAACAAAUAUUGACAGAAGGCGCUUAAUUACACAUGCUAAUGCAAAGAGCAAAAGUGAAAAGUUCCCCCCACCACACCAAGAUGGAGCGCUUGGCUUUACGCUAGGAUAUUCACGUCAUAUCGACCCAGCUGGUGUUCCUCCCGACAUACCGUUCAGCUCGACGUUAUUCACUUAUUCUAAGGAACCAAUCCAAGCUUGGUCUGGUCCACUAGUCCCGGGUGCUGGCACUGAUGCUCCUCAUAGACAGAAGAAGCAUGUAGGAGGUAAAGGCAAGAAAAUCAUGGUCUAA